AUGGACUCCAGUAGAACCCACAUCCACGAUCUCCUCGACGACGUCCUCCUUAGGAUCCUGUGGCCAUCCGAACGGUCAAGCUCAUGCACAUCCGAGAGCGAUCAUGAUGACCUGUGGAACCCUCUGGCUCCCAGGCUCACGUGCUUUGCCGCGCACGAUACUCCAGAAGAGCCCUGGCGCAAGCGAGCAGACACUCCCAUGCCGACCCCUCCUGCCUCCGCGGAUGCCGCGCACAACCUCUUCAUCGCGUCGAUCUGCCGUCGCUGGCGGCGUCUCGCUCAGAGGCACGUGUCGUCGCUGCUCGUGAAGGAUAACCGCGUCGUGUCUCACCGGGAUGUGCUCAACGCUGCCGCAUGCUUUCCCCGGCUGACCCAUCUGCAUCUGUCAGAUUUCAGCGUUGAAACGUUGGACGACGCCUUUCUCGCUGACCUCGCCGUUUCGUGCCCUGGGUUGAGAGCGCUGCACGUGGGGAUGCUGACGGAGGUCCUGACGGAGGUCGAGGUCGAGGGAAAGCACGAAAGGAAUGGCCGCGUGAUAACAGAAUCGGGCUUGGACUUUUUCUUCCGUCACUGCUCUCACCUGGAGCACCUGUCGAUGUGCUGUCUUGAGGAAAAUCUGAACCCACCAGCUUCGUUCUUUCAGCUUCAGCAUCUGCGCACCCUCAUCUUGUCCACUGCCUUCGUCUUAAAGUCUCCAGAUCUCAGCGCCCUUUCGUCUCUCACUGCAGUUUCAAUAGAAACCUCCUCCCUUCACUACGACCAGCUCUCCAGCCUCCUUCAACUCGCCAACCUCACCCGCCUCGCCUUGCCUGACGACAUUCGCGUGAUUUCAGCACAUCCGCCUGCCUUCUCUCUCGCACAGCUCCCUACUCUCCAAUCGCUCAAGUUCGGAUUGGAUGAUGCGCACUUCACCGUUUUUUUUCCUCCUGGAUCGCCAUUCAGACUCCUGAAACGCCUGCACCUCAGCCAUUGCUUCACGCAGGAGCGGCUUCCAAGCAAAAUUGGGCAGGUGCUGCCGCACCUCCAAGAGCUCAGCAUCAUUGAAUGCGAAAACUUGAGCGACCUGACUGACGAGUUCACAUCGCUCACCUGCCUGGAGAGCUUGACCGUCUCCUACUGCAGCGUGUCCACUCUGCCGGAAGGCUUUGGCAAUCUUCCAGCCUUGAAGGUCUUGGUGCUGCACCAGCUGCCGCUUCGCACUCUCCCUGCCUCCUUCACCAGACUCGCAUCUCUGGAGGCGUUUUUUCUGGAUUGGUGUGAACGGAUGAACGAGUUACCUGCAGGGUUUGGUCGCCUCACAGCCCUCCAAUCUCUGAGCUUUGCGGGGUCAGCCAUCCUGCACAUUCCAGAAGACUUGGGCGGCCUGACCAAUCUCCAGACCUUUCGUUUCGAGUAUAACAGCAAACAUCAGCUGCUGUCGUCAUUAGCGCAGCUGCCGUCGCUGACCAGGUUGGAGCUGGUUCGGUUGGAACAUAUUGAGCUUCCAGAGGGGAUUGGGGAGCUGACGAACCUGCAGGAGCUCCACAUUCAAAACUGCUUUUUCCUUAAAGAGCUUUCGGGUUUUGUGACGUCGCUUGUCAGCCUUCGAGUGCUGAGGAUUACAGAGUGUGAUAAUCUCGUGUCGGUUUCCAGGAGGCUGGAUGGGCUCACCAGCCUGACGCAGUUGGAGCUGCAGGAGUGUUGGCAGCUGAUCGAAGCCCCUCAGGCUCUGCCACUCAGCCUCCAGGCUCUAAGUGAGCAUCUCUCCGGUGUGAGGCACUUGGAGCUGGUGCUCGAAGAAGGUGCAGAGGAGUCUCUGUCCGCACUGACCCGGCUUCCUCGCCUCCGCACCUUGACACUCAGGGAGGUCUGCAGUUUGAACUCGCUGGUGGAAUUUGGGGGCUCAGGUUUGCGAGAGCUACGGGAGCUCAACAUCAUUGCUGAACUCCCAGAGCUGCCUGCCGCCAUCACCACUCUCCACCACCUGACAUCCAUUCAAAUCUACUCGCCAAAGUUGUCUUCUCUUCCGCACGCCUUUGGGGCAUUCUCAAGGCUGCGCAAGCUGGACUUAUCCUGCUGCUCAUCCCUCACGCAUCUCCCUGCUUCCCUCACGCAGCUCUCUUGCCUGCAUGAGCUGAACGUCACAAAAACCAGUAUCCGUCUUCUUCCGUCUGGCUUUGCCCAGCUCAGCAGACUGAGGAAGCUUGUUCUCAAUGGCUGCGAGCAGCUGGAGGCUCUGCCCGACGACAUAUCUGAGUUUAGAAUGCUAGAGUACAUCUCUACUUCAGGGUGUGUCAUGCUCUGGCGGUGA